AGUGCGACAGUCUUUGUUAAACAGCCGGCUGCCCAGAGGCGGAAGCCAUUACCCACCAUUUUGGCCAUCGUGAUUUCAACUUGGGGCUUGCUGUGUUUGGGAGCAUCCUACUUUCCUUACCGACGUUACCGACUAACAUGUGCUCGAUUCACGCCUUACAUACUCUCUGACCCUGUGUCUGGUCUUGUUCCUUCUUCACACCUCGAUUCGCAAAUUGUCCUCGUCUCCGCGACGUUCGAAUUGGAGCAGCAGAAACUCCUUCGUCAGUCUUCCCCCUCCCCGCUUGAAGACUAUACUUGGAUCAAACGGAACGAUGCGAGAGCCGCCCCCCGCAUUCCAAUCGCGUCAAGAAUCUUACGAAAAUGUGGUCUGGAAUAUCGAUGCAUCGAUUCCGUAGACCGCAUCCGUCUGUCCACUAGCUUAUUCUCGAGAUUAACGCAGGCCAAGGAGCGAUUGGUGCAAAUACUUGCAAUGUCCAGUCCGAUGUAUUUUCGUUUGAUGCAUGUGCUGCAGUUAUAUCAUUCCGGUGUACAGCAAAUUGCAGUUGAGCGAACCGAGGGACUAGACCGGUCCCUAGUUGCUGCGUGCUUGCGGUGGCGCUCCCGUGUUCUAGAUAACACGACGCGCCUAUCGGGUGGAUGUUAUCUCAGACCCGUAGUUGGUGUCCGUGCUGUGUCCGGAACGAAAAAAGCACUGCUUCGCUGGAGAAUGGAGACACGAUAGCGCCCAGUGCUGCAAGCGAUCGGGACGGCAUUGAUUUCGGAGCGAAGUUGAGACCUUUCCCCCACGUUCCCUCCUCGUGUUUCCUCGUCAAGCGCUGCCAACAUGCCUUGUCCGCCCGAGGCGGAUUCAUGCGGUCACGAUC